AUGAAAGAGGGAGUGCGGCAGCAUAUUUGGGGAAAAGAGAUGUCUGCGACGGUCUUGUCAGCUUUCUACGACAUGGACAUGCUUUAUAAGGACAAGAGCAUGAACAUGAACGCCCUGCACAUUAACAGCAUGCUGGAUAAGAAGGCGGUGGGCUCGCCUGUCAACCCGGGCUCCGGUGGCUCUUUCGCGCCUGGAUUUUUCCGCAGAAACUCCACCAGUAACUUGGAGGCAAUGAACAACGGCAACAAGUAUCCUCUGGGCUCCUACAGCAGCCUGAAGGAGAACACCCCCAGCAGCAACAGCAGCAGCGCCACUGCCCUCAUGAACAAGGAGAACAAGUUCCGUGACCGCGCGUUCAGUGAGAGCACAGAGCGGGGCGUGCUGCAGCCCAAAGCCGGCUCCCAGAUCAACUCCACCCGCUACAAGACAGAGCUGUGUCGGCCUUUCGAGGAGAACGGCUCUUGUAAAUACGGAGAGAAGUGUCAGUUUGCCCACGGUUACCACGAGCUGCGGAGCCUGUCCCGACACCCCAAGUACAAGACAGAGCCCUGCCGCACUUUCCACACCAUCGGCUUCUGUCCCUACGGCCCCCGCUGUCACUUUAUCCACAACGCGGACGAGCGGAGACCUGCUCCCGCGGGUAACGCCAACGCCCAGGCCCCAGAGCCGCGCUGCGGCUACAGCCAGAGGGACAUGCUGCCCCCACAGCUCUUCUCUCAGAGGGACAGACCAAAGCUCCACCACAGCCUCAGCUUCUCUGGCUUCUCCACUCACCACGGGCUCGAGUCUCCGCUGCUCGACAGCCCCACGUCACGCACUCCUCCCCCGCAGAACAGUGCGUCCUCCUCCGCCUCCAGCUUCUACGAGGAGGCGCUGUCUCCCAGCUCAUGCAUCAACAGCGCCUUCCACUUCCCGGGACAGGAGCUCAAAGCGCUGCUGGCGCCUCUGGCCGUGCACACCUCCGCUGCGUACUACGGGAACAUGCCCAACAUGUGCCCUCCAUCCCCGCCUCCCUCCUACAACAUGAGCCACCUGCAGGCGCUGCGCCGCCUCAACGAGUCCCCGGUGUUCUCUCCCCCUUCCUCACCCCCAGACUCGCUCUCUGACCGGGAGAGCUACAGCUCCUCCGGGAGCCUCAGUGGCUCCGAGUCCCCAAGUUUGGACGCGGGGAGGCGUUUGCCAAUCUUCAGCAGGCUGUCGAUUUCUGAUGACUGA